AUGUCGUGGCUUCAACGGGCGCUCUGUGGCGGCAGUAGCAGCAGCAGCAGCAGCACCGACCGCUUCGCACUGCCGCCGCCCACGUGGCGGCAACGCCUCCAGCACUACGCGCCCAUUUUCCGCUGGCUGCCCGAGUACAGCUUCGAGCGCGACUUCAAGUACGACCUCGUCGCGGGUAUCACAGUCGCCAUGAUGCUCAUUCCGCAGGAGGUCUCGCUCUCGACGAUCAUGCACGUGCCGGCGCACUACGGCCUCCACACGGCCGCGAUCUCGCCGCUCGUGUACCCGAUCUUUGGCUCGAGCACAGUGCUGUCGGUGGCCAGUGGCUCGGAAGUCUCGCUCCUCGUGGGCUCGACGCUGGAAGACAUUGAAGACGAAGACGAGCGCAUUGCGACCGUCAUCUUCAUGUCGUUCCUCAUUGGCGCCAUCCUGCUCUUGCUCCGGGUCCUGAACCUCAGUCAGAUCGCCGACUUCUUCUCGCGGCCCGUCAUGGGCGGCUUCAUCUCUGCAGGCGGACUACUCAUUAUGCUCUCGCAGGUCUGCAAUGCGCUCGGGAUCACGGUCAAGUCGUCCGAGUACCCGCCGAUUAAGGUGUACGAGUUGCUGCGCAACGUGCAGCACACGAACGUGAACGCGCUCGGCGUCGCGGCGGCCUCGUGCCUCUACCUCAUCGCCCUCAAGAAGAUCAAGCGACGGUGUUUCCCGUCGCCCGUGCAGCUGCAGCUCUUCAAUAGCGACGACACGUCCAUCGUCAAGGAACCGGGCAAAGGCGACGAAGAAGAGCGCUUCCUCGCGCCGGUGACGAACUCGGGCCAGGGGUUCUCCCUCUCGGACUUGUCGUACGCGGCCAACCAGACCCAACCGACGCCCGUCGACGAGCGCGAGUCGAUGGCCGACGCGCGGAAGAGCGAACGCGCGCGGGACGUGCCCACGUCGAAAGGGUUCCAGUUCGCUCGGUUCCUACUGCGGAUGCUCUGCGACCUCGGGCCGUUCGUCGUCUGCAUCUUCGGAGGCACUGUCGGCCACAUGCUGGGACCGUCCCGCAUCAUCUUGACGGGCACGAUCUCGGGCGGGUUCCCGGGCCCCCAAGUGCCGUGGUACGGCUUCAACGCGCACCUCAUUCACACUGAUCGCUUCGGCACGAUCUUGUACAACUCCGUCACCGCGUCCAUUGUGGUGUUCCUGUCGAGCAUAUCGAUGGCCAAGCGCUUGGCCAUCCAGCGCGGAGAGAACGUUAUCACGGAGCAGGAGCUGACUGGCAUUGGCAUUGCCAGUGUCAUCUGUGGGUUCUUCCAGGGCGUGCCGCCCACCGGUGGCAUGUCGCGCACGGCUGUCAACUUGCAGAAUGCCCGCACGCAGGUGGCUUCGAUCAUCACGUGUCUCCUUGUGAUCCUUUCGCUGUACACGUUGACAGGAUUGCUGUACUACUUGCCCAGUGCGACGCUGGCAUCCAUCAUCAUCGUAGCUGGCUGGACUCUGGUUGAGUUCCGGGAGGCCAAGUGGUUGUACCGCGUCAAGCGGGACGACUUUUUCGUGUGGGCGUCGUCGUUCUCCAUGACUUUAGGUCUCGGCGUGCUCAACGGCUUGAUCGCCUCGAUCGUCUGCUCUAUCUUGGCGCUCAUGUGGAAGUCCAAGGUGCAGCCCAUUGUCGUUCUGGGCGAGCUCGAGAACGGCAGCUAUGUUGACCGGGCAGUGUAUCCAGAGGCAAAGCACUUGGGCGACAUCAUUGCCGUUCGUGUGGAGGGCUCACUGUACUUUGCCAACUGCGAACGGGUCGCACAAUGCAUUGAACGCGAGAUGAUGCGGCUGCAGACGAUGGGGAUCACGACGCGUGGAGUGGUGUUGGACAUGUUCCACAUGAACGACAUGGACGCAACAACGAUUCAAGUGAUGUCGGACACGCAAGAGAAGCUGGCGGUGCGCAAAGUGCGCUUUGCGAUGGCCAAUGCCAAGAGCCGAUUGAGAGACGCGCUGGCCGCUACGAACUUGCUCAAGCGCAUUCUGUCCAACGACCCUACGAUUUCGCUGGAAGAAGCUGUGCUCAUGCUGCGCGACCUGCCGUCUCUCGCAGAUAAAUCCGUCUCGGCCGGGCCGGCCGCCUUGACGUCGAGCAACCAGGUGUGA